AUGGGGCCACACGUCGCUGACGCUUGCCGUCUCGCUCUCCCUCUUUGGCUCCCUCUGCUACGUGCUGAGCCUCCUGUCGAUCGCGUCCCCGCGCACCUCGUCCGAACGGCUCGAAACGGCGAUGCCUUCUCCGCCUCGACGCAGGGCUGCUUCCUAGCUCUGUAUGCCAUCGGACAGAUCGGUGCCGGCGGCAGCUCGACGGCUGCGUCCUGGUAUGGCCCAGUGUCCAUCACGCUGCCCGUUUACAUGGGAAGCAUGCAGCUGUGGACGCUGCUGCUCAUGAGCGCACUGGGCAUGCAGUCGUACACCAAGUCGCAACAGGUUGGCACGCUUGUGCUCGCGACGGCGACCACUCUGCUAGUUGACGCAGGGCCAGCCGCUGGCGGCGCCGUGGUCGCCGAGCAGCUGGCCAGCCCUGCUGCUCUCUUGUGGGUGCUAUUCAUGGGCGUGGCGUGGGCCGCUGCGGUGGCGGGGAUGGCCGUCGACCGCGAGAGAGGGCAGAUCCGCGCACGCCUCGACAAGGUUGGCGGCGGGGCGUACGCGACGAGGGUGCAGCUGGGAGAAGGCACCCUACUGGCAGUCUACGUGGCAGCGCAGGCCACCUCGACCUCGUCGCUGACCACCCUCGGCAAACUCCUCGUCCUGGUCGACGGGGCGAGCUUGGGCCUCGUCCUGGCGCUCCUGGCGCUGACAACGUGCACCAACCUCGCCUCGAGCAUCGUCGCGGCCGUCAAGCUUAACCAGGCCACCUUCAUCCCGAUGGCCUCCUGCGGCUCUCUGGUCCUCAACCAGGCGACCGGGCUCCUCCUCUGGGGCGAUGGGCGCACCGUUCGUUCCUGGCUGAGCUACGCCGGAGUCCACGUCUUGAUUCUGCUCGGCACCUACGAGCUUUCGAGCGCAGACUUGUGUGAGCACAUCCGGCAGAGGCGGUUGGACUGCACCUCCAGCUUCGCCUUGAGCUCCUUGCCGCUCUCGACCUGCUCCUUCACCGCCGACCGCAAAUCGCGCAACAGGCGUGAUCUGAUGUUUCUGUUCUUGGGCGCUGCCUGCUCGCUGCUCCCAUCGCGGAGCGCGCUGCUCCCUUCGCGGAGCACGCUGCUCCCACCGCGGUCGCUGCUGAAGCCGCCACGGCGCGCCGUCGCGACGAUGGGCGGCGCGCCUCUCGAUGCCACGGCUUCCGCGGACGUCGCUGCUGUCGCCUCCCGCAUGGUGACUUCGCUGGCGACCAAGCUGGACGACGAGUGGAUCGAGCAGGAGGACCACGUGCGAGUGGCGAGCGUGGCGGCGCAGGCGUACGCGGAUGCGAGGGAGGCGGGCGAAGACGACAUCGGGCGGCUGCUGAUGAAGGUGGGCGGGGAGAUGGAGAAGGUCGACAUGGGAGAGUGUUUCGUUGGGCCGUGGGAUGUUGCCAACAUGGCGGCCGCUUUCCUCAUGGCGGAGAACGAUCCUGAGAUCGCGGCACUGGGCGACAACUGCGGUUGCGGCUGA